AUGGUCGGACGCAAAGGAGCUGUUCCACCUUUGGAUAUAAUUGAUGCAGUUCUAUUAGUUCUAACAUUCAAAGAACGAGUGGUUUUGAAGAACGAGAAAAAUGAAAUGUAUAUAGUUGCAGCUACAAAUCAAGUAUGGACAGAUAUAAGGCUUUAUAUUGGUGACCGCAUGUCCUCGAAUGCUAUUCAUACUUUUGUUCAAAAGGGACGUCAUGGUAUAAUGGAAAAGCUAGGUUUUCCUUUAAAAUUUAAGCAGUCCUGUGAAAUUAUACAUACACCAAUCUUACCAGAUGAUGAAGAAUCGCCUGAUGACUACAGUUCUAAUGAUGAAGGUGAUGCACUCCCAUGUAAAAAAUUUGUAUUUACAUUUUCAUCUGAAGAAUGGGAUCAGAUACAACCUCAAGAAAAAGUGUUUAAGCUAACAGAUAAAUCUCGUCCGAUGCAAAGUACCAGAUCGUAUUAUGUUUUGCCUAAAGGUACAUGGACACCAAUACUUGCUGAACACUUUUGGGCACACUUUCAACUGCCUUGUUGUUUAUCUUUCCGAAGAGGUAAAGUUUAUCCCAGUGGAUCUGUAUACAUACAUGUCGUGGGACGUUGCUCUGUUUGCGACUCCAGAUUUAAUGGGACAGUUUUUGAUAAACCCCCUGGUGGUGCUAAAGUUCUUAUGCAUUGUACAUUCAGAGGUAAUUUUCAAGAGGCACACAAAACAACAAAAAAAUGUCGUAUGAUAGGACCAGCAAUGGAAAAAGCAUUUUCAUCGAUUUGUGUCGAUGGACUAUCAAGUGAAACGUAUCGAGAAAGAGAAGCAGUACGUCUGAUAAAAACAGGUGCACCUGAUCCGUCCAUUAUUCCAUCUGGUAAUUCAUUACGCAUUUUAAAAUCACGAGUGACAGCAGGCAGUCGUAGACAUGAAGAUACCUUAACGUCGUUAGCUUUGAUGAAACAAGAAGAUGACUUUAAGAACAUAAUUCAUGAUAUUGGAUGUGAUCCUUUUUCCUUACAUUACCAUUGUGCUGAUCAAAUCCAAAUCUACAGGAACUACUGUAAAGGAUCAAGACCCAGACUGAUCAUUGAUGCUACAGGUUCGGUUGUGAAGAAAUUCUUAAAGUUGAGCAAGCAAAAAACAAGCUCAAUCUUUCUGUAUGAAGGAUUGGUCUAUGAUUCACAAAAUAAAUGUAGUUUUACAGUUACCAAUAUGUUGAGUGAGCGGCAUAACAGUUUGGCUAUUUCUAAUUGGUUAUCCAGUUGGGUCAAUUGUAAUGUUCCAAGACCCAAAGAAGCUGUAUGUGAUCAAUCCAUGGCAUUGCUUUCUGCCAUUGCAAAAAGUUUUACACAAUAUACGACGCUACAGGACUACAUCAUAAUUUGUGCUGAUCUUUUGACUAAAAGAAUAGAAGGAAAUUCACACUUAGUACCACAUUGUUUUAUAAGGAUUGAUGUUGCUCAUUUUGUAAAAACAUGCAGUAACUGGAUACCACUAAAAACUGUUCCUCGAAGGGUCAAAGAAGUUAUUCUUCGCUCUAUUGGUAUUUUAAUUAAAAAUCAGUCACUAAUUGAAAUUAAAUCAAUGUUACUGUCAUUAUUUGUUAUAAUUACUAAUGAAACAGCUGGAAACAAUAAACGUACACACGAACAGACACCAUGUGAAAAACACAAAGAAAUUAUUAUAAAAGCUACAUCAACGGGAUUUGUAGAUUUUGAGCAACAAUUUGAAGACAUAAUUUAUAACGCAAGAUCUGAAGAUGAAGCUAAAAUGUGUAUCGAAGAAGAGUAUGAACGUUCUAAUGAAGGGUUUUGA